UAGAAAGCAAGAGCCACACGUCACCUAAAUUCACUGGCCAAUAUGACCCUUUAAUUACAAGUUCCCGCAACUUAAUAGAAAUCACCAACUAUGUAUUCUGCAGCCUAUGCUCUUCAUCAGACUUUUAAAUCUUUCAUCAAAUUCCUACUUGGUCCAUAGAAUUUCAAAUUAUUCCCUUCUCAGCUACCGCUGAUUUUCUAAUGAUGACGAGUGGUGAGUAUACUCAAGCAUCAGAGGAACAUAACAUUGGAAGCUUCACCGGCUCAAAGCCACCUGAGAUUCCGAGAAAGAAGAACAAGAUAGAAAAUGGGAGGAGGUUUAGUGAUGAACAAAUCCGAUCACUUGAAUGCAUAUUUGAAUCAGAGUCAAAGCUUGAGCCAAGAAAGAAGAUGCAACUAGCAAGAGAUCUUGGGUUGCAGCCACGCCAGGUUGCCAUAUGGUUCCAAAACAGAAGAGCCAGAUGGAAAUCAAAACGGAUAGAGCAAGAAUACAGGAAACUCAGAGAUGAGUAUGACAAUUUAUCAUCUCUGUUUGAGUCCAUAAAGAAAGAGAAGGAAUCCUUGCAAGCUGAGGUGCAAAAGCUAAGAGAUUUAUCGGAGACAUGUAAUGGUGAUUGUAAAAGGGAAAACAAGGUUGGCAUGGAGAACAGCACAGAGGAUGGUGCUUCAGGCAGCGGACAAAGCAACUGGAUGUCUGAAGCAAAGCCAAAUUUCUCAAAUGAAAGGUCAGAGGAUGCCAAGAAUUAUGAUAUAAGAGAAUUGGCAUCGAUUGAAAAAUGGUAUAAUGUUGAUCCAAGUGGUCUCUUGGAUCAGUCUUGCAGCAGUUCUCAGUGGUUAGAUUUCUGGAAUUGAAGAAUUGAUCCGCACUCCACAAAAGCUUAGUUGUCAUAGUCCCUUGAAGAAGGAUUAGCCAAUCAUUGGUUGGGUCUUCCGCUGCCAACACUUGAAAGCAUUCUGGCCCAAGAACAGCGCUGAAACUUACAUUGAAUUAGCGAGGAUGAUCAAAGAUGAAGUUUUGUAGACCUUGAGAUGAUAGAGAUAGAAUUGAGAUUUGAGAUAGUAUGAUUUAGCUGUUCAUAGAUUUGGAAGAAUGAAGUGUGUAUCAUUUCAUCUCUGUUCAUGCUUGCAUUCCCUUUCAA